GAACUUUUUUCCAUGCGAUACUUCCACCGCACGCUCAUGGCGGCUUUCAUCGUCUCUCAGUCCCAGCUCUCAGGCGCCUCUGUCAUACAGAACUUCCAGAACACAUUCUAUGCCAUCCUUGGUAUCACCGGUCGACAGUCGCUCUUGGUAUCUGGUAUCUACGGUUUCAUGGGUGUUAUCGGAACCAUCAUCUACUUGGGCAUCGUUGCAGACAGAUGGCCUCGUGCUCGAACAUUGUGGACUGGCUCGCUCGCCUUGUCCGUCUCCAUCGCUAUCUGUAUGGCUUUGAGUGCCACCUAUGGUCAGGCUGGAGAGAGUAACAUGGCUGGAGCAAGAGCAAGUAUCACUUUCAUCUUCAUCUACUCUGCGACCUUUGCAAUCUUCUUCAACACAAUGAUCUGGGUUGUCCCAUCAGAGCUGUUCCCAACAUUCCUUCGAUCAAAGGGCACAGCCUUCGCCGUGUCAUCCAAGUCCGUCGUCGCUAUCGUUCUUAGUCAGAUUACUCCUUUGGCGCUCGCAGAGGUCAGCUGGAGGUUCUAUGCUCUCUUUAUUGCCUGUAACACUGCCGCCUCUGUCUUGUACUUCUUCUUCCUGCCCGAGACUGGUGGUAAAACCUUGGAGGAAAUUUCAGAGCUCUUUGGUGAUGCUGUGGCGGUGGGUAUGCAUGCCAAUAUUAAGAAGCUUGAUGCUACCAGUGUUGUUCAUGCUGAAGGCAGCGAGCCUCGCAAGUAG